AUGCUCCGAGAUCUGCAGCGCAUCUCCCUUGAUUUUGCCAGUCGGUCGGUGGACUCAUUGAGCCUACUGCAGGGCUUCAGCCACCGCGAAUUUACUCUACGCACAGAGUGGGCGCAAUCGGUGCAACGCGUCAUUGACUCUUGGUUCUUCGGUUUCGGCAGCCCCGCUGUGGCCGGUUUCCUUGAGUCCUACAGUCAGGAUAGCAAUGGGACCACUGUGGACACCUCCAUGCACCACAACAUCCUUUCUCUGAUACCCGACUUUGCGCGGGUUAUUCAGACAUGUCCUCUAAGAGAUGUGCGUGAUUUCUGCCAGACCAUCAUUGAGGACUUAAAGAAAAAGAAGCACUUCAUAUUCGAAAUACCCCUUCAACUAUCCCCAUCCUACUCCUUCUCCAUGGACGAUCUGCCCCAUCUUAGGGUCAUCUUCGAAGAGCCUUACGAUGACGAUCCCAUGUUCUCGACCUACGUUCUCUUCUGCGAGUACUGGUACCGUUGGGGUCGGUUGGACAAUUUCAUCCAAAUCCUCGGCUGUCAUCCGGAAUUUCUUGAGCCCUUCAUCAAGGUUCAUCAGUGUCUUUUCACUGGAGACCUCUCCCUCCCCUAUCCUGUGCGCUACUAUCUGGCCAUUCUGGCUGCGGCAGAGCUGCGCUGUCCCCAACUCGUCUGUCUUUUUGUGCGCUACUUCCUGCAAGCCGGUGGCGAGUGCACCUGGCUUGAGAGUCUCUCACAGGCGCCGUCUCGCUGGUUCCAAUUGAAGCACCUCAACCACAAUUUGGCUCACUCACCCUGGAAGAUUACCGCGGACGACAUCUACCAGCUGACGCGUGGUGACGAGGCCGUGGGCCGGGGCGAGAAGCUCUCCCUCUCCGAGCUGAUGCAUGCCGUUGCCAUAGUGACGCAUGUUCACGCACUGGCAUGCUUCGUGUUCGGGGCUGCGGUGAGACCCGAGCUGGAGCACAUCUGCCCCUCGCCCUACCAGCCUUGUGUCUAUACCACAGCUACUACCGCUGCAGUCGCCGACCCUGCCUCCGCCUUCCCCAUCGUCGGCCCUGGAGACAAGACUUUUUACACUCGCACAGUCGAAUUAAUCAGUUCAAAUAGUGCUUGGAACUUAGAAAAAGAUGUGAUUACCCGGAUGUCUUCGUCCUCACGACAUGGCUCGGUUAUCACUCGUGUCGCACACCCUUGGUUCCCGGGCUCAGAUAGAGGGCAGCCUCCUUUAAGUUGUCCCCUUUCCGCGGCCGAUUUGGACUCGCUGAAAUUGGGUCUUAUCUUGAUGAACGAGCAGCACUACAAGGAUCGUCAAGCGAAGGCCUCGGAUCACCUCGUAAAGCUGCUACAAUCAGAGCCUGACGAGUGGGACGGUCAUGGCGACGACGAAGUGGUGGCCGAGAUCUUCCAGUCCUACGCCAAGUCGACGGCAGAGCUGAAUUUGACAGCGGUCUGUGAGAAGGUCGUGGCAUCGGACAACUUCACAUUGGAGGAGCAUCCAGUUGUGACAAAGUUCCUACCCUUCCCGGGUAGUUAUUUUGUGGACUACUUCGGUUCGCCUUUCCUUCUCUCGGAGUUUUCGUGGAUGGAAGAAGGCUGCCCUCUUGUGGAUCAUCUGGCUAGCUCCCUUGGAAGUUUGCUCGACGAGACCUUUCAAAACGCCUUCGAGUUGACCUACAACACAUUGAAUGAAUACAACGACGUCAACACCUCGAGUCUGCGUCACACCCUCUGGUUUUUCGUGCAGAGCGUUUUCGGCGCCUGCCACGAGGACCUGCGCUACGAACACGUGCUCAAACUGCUCUCGUUAGAGCAGCGCUGUUUCCUCAAAGUCUGUGCUACACGACCCUCCGACCUGAUCGCCUAUCGGCCCACCGCUGGCCGCGGGAUCUUUGCCGCCCUUAGUGCGCCCGAAGUCGUUCACGUCAUGAUCUUGAUCAUGGAGGCGAGGAAACAGGCCUGUCUUUCCUACGCUCUCCGUGCCAUUUCACAGUGUCAAACGCGUCGAUGA